AUGGGGAAAAGUGCACAUUUAGUGAUUAAUUUGCCUCAACUACAAAACUUGAUAAAGAAAGAUUCUGCAUCGUACAGAGAUGACUUUGUGCAGCAAUAUUCUCACUUUGAGAGUACGUUGGAUAUUUUCAAGUACUCUCCGGAUCAGCCAAGCAAAACUCUGGAGGAAUCCGUGAUGUUUGUAGCCCAGGUGGCUCAACUCUAUCCGGACAUAUGCAAGAACUUCCCGCAGCAAUUGAUUGAUAUCCUUCAGACUUUUUCCAUCAAUCUUGAUCCUACUGUGCGGGAUGCUCUGUGCAAGGCACUAAUCUUGAUGAGAAAUAAAAAUUUGAUUCCUGCCCUACAACUCCUGGAGCUCUUCUUUCAACUUUUGCGAUGUCCAGAUAAGCACUUCCGGGAAUUCGUAAGGAAUCACAUUAUAACGGACAUUAAGAAUAUCAAUGCAAAAGGUAAGGAUAUGAAAGUUAAUUCAACACUGCAGAACUUUAUGUACACCAUGCUCAAUGAUUCCAAUCCAAAAUGCUCAAAAAUGUCUGUGGACAUCAUGAUUGAGCUGUACAAGAAGAAUGUCUGGAAUGAUGCGAAGACAGUUAAUGUAAUUGCCACAGUGGGAUGUUUUGCUAAAGUAACAAAAGUCCUCGUGGCAUCACUCAAAUUCUUCCUUGGAACCAAUGAGCAGGCCACAGAGAAUGAUUCAGACAGUGAUGAAGCUGAACCCGAUCUCCGGAAUGCUCUGAUGGUCAAUAAGGUGAAUAAGAAGACAAAAAAGAGAAAAAGGCAACUUGAAGCAGCAAAGAAGCAGUAUGCUAAGGCGAAGAAGAAGAAAACUGUUGCUCCAUCCUUUCACUUCUCAGCCCUUCAUCUUAUCCACAAUCCUCAGGGUAUGGCGGAGAAUCUCUUCAAGCAACUUGAGAGCUCAAAUGAACGUGCUGAACUUAAGCUCUUGCACCUUGAUGUUAUUUCUCGUCUCAUUGGUGUGCAUGAGUUGUUCAUUUUCAAAUUUUAUCCCUACAUUACGCGCUUCUUUAAGCCCCAUCAAGCACAUGUUACGCGAAUCCUUCAAUUUGCUGCCCAAGCAUCGCAUGAACUUAUUCCCGCGGAUGUUUUAGAGCCGGUUUUGAAGACAAUUGUCAAUGAAUUUGUCAGCGAACGCAAUUCAAGCGAUGUUAUGGCCGUUGGGCUUAAUGCAAUUCGUGAGAUUUGUGCAAGAUGCCCCUUGGCUAUGAAUGAGGACAUGCUGAGUGAUUUGGUGAUGUAUAAGACGUACAAACAGAAAUCCGUUAUGAUGGCUGCAAGAUCACUCAUUAUGCUCUAUCGCGAUCGAAUUCCACAUCUUCUGCAUAAGAAGGAGAGAGGGCGGCCAACGGAAGCAGUCCAGGAGCAACGCGCCAAGGAAUAUGGAGAAGUUGUGCCAAUGGAUACAAUUCCCGGAGCUGAUAUUCUCGUUCAGCCAAGUAAGAAGGCAAAAAUGGAAGAAGAUUCUGAUUCUGAUGGAUGGGAAGAUGACGAUGAUGAUGACGACGACGAUGAUUCGAGUGAUGGAGAAUGGGUAAAUGUGAGUCAUGAUGAAGAUUCCAAUGAUGCAGAUGACACAGAAGAUCAACCACAAAUUAAUGAAGAAGAGGAAGAAGAUGCACCGAUUGAUCCCAAAGAAGCCGCCAAGGAGCUUCUUUUAACGAAAAUUCUCACAGAUGAAGACUUCCGGGCCAUUGAGGUGCACAAUGCCAAGAAGCACGUGACAAGUGCACGUGGUUCACGUAAAAAUGCCCCAACACCUGCCCAGGAGAAGUCGGAGCUGGUAAAUCUCGAUGCAAUUGAGAUGAUUUACAAGAAAAGGCGAAGCGACAAGGAAUCCCGUCUUGCGAGCGUUCAAGCGGGUCGUGUGGAUCGUGUCAAGUACGGGUACAAGGAUAACAGGAAGAAUAUCCAUUGCUCACGUACCAACAGGGAGAAGAAGAAGAACAAGAACUUCCUCAUGAUGCGCCACAAAGCAAGGUCAAAGGUGAAGAAGAGUUUUCGCGAUAAGCAAAUUGCAUUGCGGAAUCAUCUAACUAAACAGAAGAAAAUGAAGUGAGAAAAAAAAGAUUUAUUUUAUGUAAAAAUAAUUGAAAUAAUAAAAAAAAAUUAACUGAAGAAAAGUUUAAAAAAAUCUUUUAUUGCAACAUUUAUUGUUGUUUUCUCUUAAAAAUUGAGUGUGUAGGAAGGCACAAAAAUCAAGAAAGGUUAUCUCAUAUGUGUUUGUCUUCAUUUUCCUUAUCUAAUCGAGAAGUUUUACUUUUUCUCAUCCACUUUUCGUGCUUUUCUUAUAGUUGCAAAAUAUUAUUUAAUAAAUUACAAUUUGUAGUUCAAC